UCAUUAGCUCGACCAAGCACCAAGGAAGAGGAAAGAAACCUCUCAACUCAUCCUCCAUAGCCACCAAAUUCGAGAUCAAGCUUAAGUGCCCAAAGAAGGAAGAUUAAAGAGGGAAAAAGUUGGGAAAAGUGUGAAGAAUUAAGGCACUUGUAAAAGGCAUUUAAAGUGAUUUCACAAAGUUGGAAAAGUCGCCGGAGUUGUCGCCGGAGUUUCACCGGAGUUCAACCAAGAGGGGUAGAACUUCAUAACGCUAGUUCAAGUUAGGUUGACUCGCGGGUGACGUCACUCGAUUAUACGGCGGUUAUACACGCGCUUGGAUUGCGGUAUGGGGCGUGACAAGAAAUUUCAAACGGCGAUGAAAAUACUUGAUAAUGUCCCAAAUAUGACUCUUAAAUCUCUAUAUAACACGCAUUGGGAGAGUCGGAUAAAAAGUGUCAAAGCUAUUAGAUUCCAAGCUCCACAAAUAAGGUUGGCUUUGUUUGAAGUAUCCAAAUCAUGUGAUGAUGCUAAAUCAAAGAGUGAAACAGAAAGUUUGGACACUGAUUGCUAUCCAAAUGCUUCCAUUGCUUAUCGGAUCUUGUUGACCACACCGGUGACAGUAGCAUCCACAGAGAUGAGUUUUUCUAAGCUGAAACUACUGAAGGUCUAUCUGCGGUCUUCGAUGUCCCAAAAAAGGCUAAAUGGCUUAGCGAUUUUAUGCAUCAAGUAAGAGAUGUUGGGAAGUAUUAAUCUUGAUACUAUUAUAGAUGAUUUUGCCUCUAAAAAUGUUCGAAGGAAUAUCUUUUUGUAAAUUGUGUUGUUAUUUGAUGAAAGACUUGCAUUACUUUGUAUGUUCAAAAUUGUUGAUAUGUAGUUAAGCUUUUGCAAUAUAUU